GUGAUGAUGGAGUACAUUGGAGCCGCAGGAAUUCCUAUAAAAUUUGGUAAAGUUCCAAUUGAUGACAAAAUCGAUUUCCACUUCAUACUCAGCUUUGCUAUUGAUGCAGACCCUUCAGGCAAUGCUCAAAAUGGGAAAUUUUCACCAUAUUGGGCAAAUACAUUAACUCCAGAAUCAGUUUUAGCCAUCAAGAAAAAACACCCUAAUGUAAAAGCCACUGCUAGUCUUUCUGGUUGGAACUUGGGGCAAAAAGUUCUACGUUGGUAUAACCCAAAGGACACUCAACUCUGGAUAUCAAAUGCUUUCUCUUCUCUUAAGUCCAUCAUCCAAAGUUACCAUCUUGAUGGCAUUGAUAUUGACUAUGAGAACUUCCCUGAACAAAAUGCUAGCUUUGCUUAUUGCAUAGGUGAGCUAAUCACCCUUCUGAAAAACCAAAGUGUUAUUUCGACAGCGACCAUCGCACCAUUUCAUACAACUGUUAUACCUUACAUUGAACUGUUCGACAAGUACGGGGAGGUGAUCGACUAUGUCAACCACCAAUUCUACACUGAUAAGGUUAGAACUCCAGCAGCAUAUCUAACAGCAUUUAAGCUUCGAGCUACCCAGUUUAGUAAAGAUAAGUUGUUGCCUAGCUAUGAAGUGAAAGGAAGAGGGAUUCAGGGGGAUACAUUUUUUGAUGCUUUAGGCUUGUUGGAAGAGAACGGAUUUGAUGUUAAUGGAGUGAUGAUCUUCUCAGCUGAUGCCUCUUCCUCUAAUAACUAUUAUUAUGAGAGGAAAUCUCAGGCUUUCUUGCUCAAUUAUACAACUGCAUAA